GCCUAAAGGAGGAGACCCAGGGGGAGCAGGACUCGUUGCGGGAGCUGCGGGACCAGGCGGAGGCCAAGGAUCAGCUGGUGCAGGACAUCCUCAGGGCCUUAGGUUCGAAUGAUGUCCCUGAAGUGGAGCAGGAAGAAGCGCCAGAAGGCUCGCCAGAGGUUGCUGAAGCGGAGCGAGAGCAGGCAGCAGAAGCUUCAGCCGCACCAAGGGAAGAGAAGGAAGGAGAGACGCCAGGCUCUGCAGAGGGAUGGGGACCUGGAGGUGCAGCAGAGCCCGAAGCAGAGGUUGAAGCAGAGGACAAAGGCUCGCCAGAUGUUCCUGAAGUGGAGCGGGACGAAGCAGCAGAAGCUUCAGCCGCGCCAAGGGAAGCGAAGGAGGAAGAGACGCCAGGCGCAGCAGAGCCCGAAGCAGAGGUCGAAGCAGAGAUCAAAGGC